ACAUAUGUUUUCGCGCUUAACAGCUCAUUUUUGGCACAGGGUGUUUGGAUCUCUUUGCAAUGGGUAUUAAAUGUAAAUACAAAGCAAGUAAACAAUUUGUGAAUGUGCGAAAAUGUCUUGAAAUUGCAAAUGUUGUGAAUCUUGAAAAUGCGAUUACUCGCAUUGCGCGAUAUUUCAGUCCCGGCUACAGUCGGGGCUCCUGAAAAAGUGCCAUACUACCUUUGCGGGCAAACACACCCUCAACCCCUAUGAAAUUAUAAUUAGAUAUACAGAACAUAGGAGCAGCACUAUGGAGGAAAUAUGUCGGGUUUGUCUGGGGAACCACGAUAACAUGGUCAAUAUAUUCGAAGGAAACCCGAUUCUGGGACCUUCAAUUCCCGAUAUGAUUGCCCAGUGGUCUGGUUAUCAAGUCACGAAAGGUGAUACCCUUCCCGAACUCAUUUGCCUAAGCUGCCUGGAAGACGCAGAAAAUGCAUUCGACAUUCAGCGGACUGCCAAAAUGGGCCAUCAGUUCCUAUGUCAAGUGAAGAAAGUGGAAAAAACAGGGGAGGACACCUGCCAAGUUUCGGGAUGCGAAAGCGAGGAAUCUAGCUCUUUACACAUGAUCAUCGAAGAACCACCAAUAAAUGAAGAAAGAACCAGGCAGGAAUUACAUGAUGAACAGAGCAACGGACCGGUACACUUUUACUUAUUCGAGGAUGAGAUUUCAGUCAGCGAAACGGAUCAAUCCAACUGCCUUAAUAGAGAAGGGGCUGCGAAGCAGAUCACCAGAAGUGGCGAUGACAACAUGAACUCCAGUAAUAAUCAACAUAAGUGUCCUAACUGCCCGAAAACAUUUCAACGUAAAUGGAAUCUAAAAUUGCACAUUCGUACUCACAGUGGUGAGCGACCCUACAAGUGUACCCAAUGUCCGAAAUCAUUUUCGCGGACUUGCGGUCUUCGGAACCACAUGAGCACGCACACUACUGACCGCGCCUACAAAUGUGACUACUGUCCAAUGUCCUUUCGAUUCCAAAACAGUUAUUCCCGACACAUGCGGACUCAACACACGGAGUUCUUUGAGAAACGUGUUAGACCAGCGAAGCAGUCGCUGGUCUGCUCCUACUGUUCAAAGGUCUGUUCCAGACCUUCAACUCUAGACAUUCACAUCCGCAUUCACACAAGAGAAAGACCAUUCCAAUGUCCGCAUUGCCCAAGUGCCUAUUCUUCCAACUCCACUUUAAGGGUUCACCUAAGGAUACACACCGGGGAACGGCCGUACAUGUGUUCCCACUGUUCUGUGGAUUUUCGAACCCGUACGGAACUCAGAAGACAUAUCCGGCGCCACUCGGUGAAAACGAGUUUUCAGCAUCCCCACGCCGAAUCAUCCCUGGCGACUACUUGCUACACAUCCGGAUGACAGAUUAAGACCCACCAUUCUAAUCAUUCCCAUACCUAUUCACUCCGAACUAUGCCAUAGCUGAAGAUGAUAAACACAAAUUAAAUUCGAAUUCAAAAAUGUGUACAAUUAACUAAAAUGUACCAAAACUAAAUCAAAAACUAUGCAAAUGAAGCUAGCAAGUAUUUUUAAAACUGUUUUAUACUACGUAAGAGUACUAAGUAUUUUUAUACAUCUGUUUUAUAAUAUCUGAGGAUUAGUAUUUCAC